AUUAAAAUGUUAAAAUCUGUGAAGAAAUAAAAUAUUCAACAUGGAACAGAAGAAGUCUCCCAAGGGAAAGAAACGGCAGGCGAAACAGAUUGAGGAUCAUCUCUGGGAAUGUUCAGCAUGUACAUAUAGAAAUAACCCUGAAGCGUUCAAAUGUUCAAUGUGCAGUAUAAGAAAAGGAACAUCUACAAGAAAACCUAAAUUAAACCCUGAUAUGGUGGAAGUUCAGGUUCAAAAGCAUGCGUUUAUGCCACCCUCCCCACUUAUACGGUUCCCCAGAGAGGAGCAACCACGUCCCUCCAGCAGUGCUAGCAACGAGGCCAACCAGUCCUUCGAGGACGUGGAAGAGGCCGGACCAUCAUCUAAACCUAAGAAAAUGAAAACCCCGGCUAAACCUCGAACGCCAAAGGCUCCCGGGGCAUCGGGCGCGGGGCGGGGUAAACUCAAGAAUAUUGACAGGAAAAAUGGGACAGUUCAUGCCAUCACUGUUGAUAAUGUUACCAUUAGUAUUACAGAGUACAAACUUAAACCCAAGAAAGAGAAGAAAAAUGGAGAAGAACCAACUUCAAGUCAUAUUCCCAGCGAUCCUGAAAGUGACUCUCAGGAGCAGAAUACAGCAGUGGACCAGGAUACAAGAAGUUCUUGAGAUUUGUAUUUUUACACACCUUUCUUUUCUUUUAUACAGGGGAACUAUAAUUCUCAAAUACUAUGUACCUAGUUAAAUUAAACCAAUUAAAUUAGACUGUGAGCAAGAACCUUCCUUUUAUAUUUUUCUUGCGAUCACUUCACUUACAUCUUUUUGUAAAUUAGUUACAACCCCGAAACUAUAACUAUGCCACUUCAAUUCUUGCUUCUGAUAAAUUUAACAUAAUUGUUCAGAGCUGAAAACUUUUGAAUGGAAUAUCCUUAAUCCCGUUUGGGUAACUAAUCUGGAGAUUAAUAACAAGAGA